CAUUAGUUUUCCACGAAAAUACAUACCUUCCGUGCCGUUGAAGUUUAGCGGUGGUGAAAAUGGAGGACAGCGGGGCGAUGGAGAAGAAAAAGGAGCACAGGAAGAGGAAAUCAGGUGUGAAGGCGGAAAAGAAGAAAAACAAGGGUAAAUCCCAAUCCGAUGGGUUGACUGAGCGUCAGAAGAACCCGAAAGCCUUCGCCAUCAAUUCUGCCCAGCGGGCUGAGCGGAAGUUCCGCAGGAAAGAGGAUUUGACUGCGAAGAAGCAGCACAUUCCGCUAGUGGAUCAGACUCCGGACGAGCCGCCGCCCUUUCUUAUCGCCGUCGUGGGGCCACCGAAGGUGGGCAAGUCCACGCUCAUCCGGAACUUGAUAAAGAGCUUCACGAGGACAAAUGUGACGGAGAUUAAGGGCCCCAUCACGAUUGUCACGUCAAAGAAACGACGAAUUACGCUGAUUGAGUGCAACAACGACGUGAAUUGCAUGAUUGACAUCGCAAAGUGUGCGGAUCUCGUGCUGUUGAUGUGCGACGCGAGCUUCGGAUUUGAGAUGGAGGUGUUUGAGUUCCUCAACAUCUGUCAAGUGCACGGAAUGCCGAAGAUAAUGGGCGUGUUGACACAUUUGGACGUUAUCCGGAAUGCGAAGGCACUCAAGAGGAGGAAAAAAGAGCUGAAGCACAGAUUCUGGACAGAAGUUUACAAUGGAGCGAAGCUAUUCUACCUCUCUGGGCUGCUGCAUGGAGAAUAUUUGAGGAAUGAAAUCAAGAACCUGGGCAGAUUCAUCUCUGUGAUGAAGCUGAGGCCGCUGUCGUGGCGCGGGGCGCACAGCUACAUCCUGGCAGACAGGAUGGAGGACAUCACGGGCACUGAGGAAAUUCGGCUGAAUCCCAAGUGUGAUAGGCACGUGGUUUUGUAUGGAUAUGUGCGCGGAGUGCCGCUCAACAAGGAGUUUAUGGUGCACAUUGCUGGCUUCGGAGACGUGCGGAUAGAUGAAUUGAGUGCCUUGGCUGAUCCGUGUCCUCUGCCCACUGGAGAGAAGAAGAGGAGUCUUUUAGAGAAGGAGAGGCUUCUCUAUGCGCCGAUGUCGGGCGUCGGAGGGCUGGUUUAUGACAAGGAUGCAGUGUACAUCGAUCUGCAAGGCUCGCAUAGUCACCAGGAGGUGGAAGAGAACGAGGAGCAGCGUGAGAUUGUAAAUGCUUUCAUAGAGAAGAAGGAAACGUUAGAUGUGCAGAUUGAGAACCAGGAAUUCAAGCUGUUCUCCGAUGGAGAAGCUAUCAAAUCGCAUGAGUUCAGAGACAAUGCGGAAGAGAAUGACGAUUCUGAGGGUUCUGAGAGCGAAGAGGACUCUGGAAUGGAGGAUGAGGAGGAGGAAAAAGCCGUGGGCUGGACAGGAGACGACCAGGAGAGUGAGAACGACGUGGAGAAUGAGGAGUCAUCAGACGAUGAGGAUUACGAUGAGAAUCCCUCUGGCCUCGCCUGGCGCGAGGGUUUGGCGCAGAAGGCGAGAGACGCUUAUCUGGAUCGCCAGGCGAAUUCCCAGAAUGUGAUGAAACUGGUCUACGGCGUGUUUAGUCUGAGCCAGAAGAGGAUGGAAGGCAGAGAAGAGGAGGAAGAGAGUGAAGACGAUGAAGGGGAUUUGUUCAGAGUCGUCAAGGAGAAGCAGACGAGCGUGCAGCGAGAGCGUCAAGUGCAGGAUCGCGAUGAGUGCAGCUUCUUCGAGGGACACAUGUCGGGGUUGCGAGACUGGAUGCUGGAGGAGAAUAAGGGCAUCUUGAAGAACUGUUUCGUGACUGGAAAGUGGAAGGCUUCCGAAGAUGCUGAGGAGCUUCUCAAGUUGGACGACUUGAGUGACGAUGGCAGUGAAGUAUACGGGGAUUUUGAGGAUCUGGAGACUGGAGAGAAGCAUGAGCAGCCACAGGAGGACGAGAAGAGUGAAGUGAGCCAGGAGAAAGAUGAGGAAGCUGGGCAAAAGAGGAAGUUCAGUCGCAUCGAAGAGGCGAACAUGAGCAGACGCGAAUUGAUGGCGAAAAAGCUGAAGCUGAAGGAGAAGUUUGACGCGGAGUAUGACAAUCCGGAGAAGGAUCACAAGAUCACGGGCGAUCAUGGCUUCUAUGACAACUGGAAGGCGGAGACGCAGCGCCAGGCGCAGCUCAACAAAUCCGAGUUUUCCACGCUCGAUGAGGACUUGCGAGUGCAGAUUGAGGGCUUCCGCGCCGGCAUGUACGUCCGGAUGUCUUUUCGUGGUGUGUCUUGUGAGUUCGUCCAGCACUUUGACGCCACUUAUCCCGUUCUGAUCGGGAGUCUCAACAUGAUUGAGCAGAAUGUGGGCUUCGUGACGUGCAAGGUGAAGAAGCACCGAUGGUACAAGAAGUUGCUGAAGACCGAGGAUCCGCUCAUCCUCUCGCUCGGCUGGCGGCGCUUCCAGACGCGUCCGAUCUACGCCAAGAUCGAGGACAACCUGAAGCAUCGCUUUCUCAAGUACACGCCCAAUCACGUGACGUGCAGCAUGACCUUCUAUGGCCCCAUCACGCCACAGAACACGGGCUUUUUGGCUGUGCAGACGGUCACGCAGGACACGGAGGAGCUGAAGAAGCUGGGCUUCCGCAUCGCGGCCACGGGCUGCGUGACGGAGAUCGACAAGUCCACGCAGAUCAUGAAGAAGCUGAAGCUGGUCGGCUAUCCGUACGAGAUCAAGAAAAACACCGCCUUCAUCAAGGACAUGUUCAAUGGAGUCCUUGAGGCGGCCAAGUUCCAGGGCGCCAAGAUCAGAACAGUGUCCGGCAUCAGGGGAGAGAUCAAGAAGCCGCUGCGCAGCCCCGAAGGCGCCGUCAGGUGCACUUUCGAGAACAAGAUCCUGAAGAGCGACAUUGUCUUCUGCCGCACGUGGUUUAAGGUCGAUGUGCCGCGGUUUUACGCUCCUGUCACGUCGCUAAUGCUGCCGCUGGGCCAAAAGUCACAGUGGAAGGGCAUGAAGACGCUGGGCGAACUGAAGAGAGAGCGCAACAUUCGCGCCGUUCCCAAUCCUGAUCAUCUCUACACGCCAGUGGAGCGCAAGGACAAGGCUUUCAGGCCUCUGGUGAUUCCGAAGGCGCUGCAGCGCGCGCUUCCGUACAAGGACAAACCAAAGCUGCUGCAGAAGCCCGACGCAGUGGAGCGCGUGGCGGUGAUCAGGACGCCGCAGGAGCAGAAGAUCGCGCAGCUGAUGAAGAUGAUCAAGGCGAACUACAGCCAGAAGCAGAAGAAGGAUAAGGAAGCAACCGCCAAGCGUGUGGCGGCGUUCAAGAAGGAGAAGCAGGCGGAGGAGAUGCGGAAGCUGAAGAAGCAGAAGGACGUGCGGAAGAAGGUGUGUCGAAGCAUGAGCAAAGCCAAGAAGUCGAGCGAGAGGAGCAAAUAAAAGUGCGAUCCUUUGUGGUGAUGAAAUGGUGGGAUUUUAUAUUGAAAAUCUUUAAUCUCGGUAUGUAUACAAUAAUACAUGUGUGUAUAAUUUAGAGAUUAAUUACAAUAUAUAGAAUUGUUUUGAUACAAGUUUCUGCAGUGAUGCCAUUAGCAUUUGUUGAAUUUCACUUUUGUGGCCUGAAAAUCUACUCUCUUCACAAAAUAUUCUUCUAUAUGUACAAGAGGGAGGCGCGCGCUGAGGGCGCGGCGCUCCCGGAGCGCCCGCCAUACGGGGGCGUCUUUGAGGUUCUUGGGGAGAUAUUCCAGUGGAUUAAUUAAGUUAUUGGUAUUCCCUCAGUAUUUACACUCUAGCUCAAGUGAUGCUC